AUGGAUAAGAAAGUGUGUGGAAUAUUCCUUUCUGUAAGGAACUCGUUUUCCGAUAGAUUAGACAGUAGUGGAAACUAUAAAUUUACUAUGAAUGAAGGAAAUUUUAAAAAGUAUUGUAAUGGUAACGAGUGUGAUAAUAAUCUCAAAAAAAUUAAUGCUGGAUGCUUAUAUUUGCUUGAUGCAUUCUUUGAGGAUUAUUCUGUGUUUAAUUCUGUUGCAAAAAAUAACAUAAAUAUUGUUGAAUACAUUAAAAUAUGGUUAAGUAAAAUGUUAAGCCGAAUCGAAAAUAAAGAAAAGGAGAGUCUAAAUUUUUUUUAUAAUACAUAUAUAAAUGGUGAUGAUAAUUAUAAAAAGUCUAUAGCGAAUUUUACGGAGUAUAGUAGUUAUAAGGAACUUAUAGAAAAAAAAAAUAUGAUGAAUAUGAAUAUUAAUGAUAUAUCUAGAUUAUAUGAUGCAUUUACUGCAUUAUGUACGAUGCAUUAUGAAUUUGAUGAACAAAAGCCAAAUUGCAAGAAAUAUUUGGAAGAUGCUAAAAAGUUUGUUGACCAAUAUAAAAGACUUGAGGGAGAUUCUAGUAUUACUGAAAAGAGUUCAUAUAAUCAACUAUUGUCUACUUUAUUAACUGAUUAUAAUAAUUUUAUAAAUAAAUGUACUAGCAAUGGUGUUAAUUGUACAAAUUUUUCAUCCCUUCCAACGAUAGAAAAACCAAAAAAUUAUAUACAAAGUUCUGCACAAACAUCUGAAGUUACAUCAUCAAGUUCGUCGAUAGGAAACAAAUUAUUUAUAGUUUUAUCGAUAUUUGGUGCAAUAGCAUUUUUUUUGGGAAUUUCUUAUAAGUAUUCAUUAUUUGGAUUUCGGAAACGAUUUCAAAAACAAAAAUUAAGAGAAAAACUAAAAAAUAUAAAGAAAAGAAUGAAUCAAUAA